GCGGUCUCGUAUUUCACCUAAAGUUUCAAGCCGAGAUUGAGAUAAAUGGAGAAGACUGAAAUAUUAAAUUGAAUGCUAAUUGCUAAACUCGAGACAAUUUUGUUAAAAAAUGUGGAGUGCUAUUAUACGGAAAGUAGCACAAAAGACACAAUGUGUAGUGCAGGGCUCAAUAAGUACCAAAUUACAACCCCAGCUGUUGACAACUAGCCAAUUAUCCCAUGUUCCACCAAUUAGUUGUCAUCAAAACUUAUUGAUGUCGACCUGUUCGUCCUCCUGGAAUUAUUCCAUGUGGAAAUCUUCGGCUGUCUCCUUCUUAUCAAACUGUACGUCUCCUUCACUAUCAUCGCCCCCUCCAGUCAGCUCACCAUCCCCGAUGUUUGGAGGCCUGCUAAUCGUCCCCAGUCGUGGGAUGAAGAUCAAAGGUCGUGUGAAACGGAGGUGCAAGGAUUGCUAUAUGAUUUGGAUCGAUGGAGUCCUCCACAACAAGUGUAAAACACAUCCACGCCACACCCAAAAGCAGAAGGAGAAAUAUUGGGCAAACACUCGCCUUCUCACCCACGCCUCAAUGAGCCCAAAGAGACCUUGGUGAUCUGCUCGAUGGUCGAGAAAUAAUAAUAACAAUCUUUAUCUAACUGGAUCAGGGGUCAAUUUCGUUUGUAUUUAUUAUAUAGUCAUUUGACAAAUUUCAAAUAAAAUUUAUAGCGGA